UGAUCAUGUUAAUCCUCGUGUAUAAUUCAGUGCCUGUGUAGUUGAUACUGUGUAGUUGAUGUAAUUGUAGCACCAACUCAGACUUAACAGUUUAUAAUAUCUCCAAUGGUUGGUUUUUUAUGUCGCUUAUAAAGAAUACUUUUACUUUUUGGCCCAAUAUUUUUCUUGAGGUGAAUUGUCCUCUGUUACAGUAAUGGAAGAUGUGUGUAAGAAGACUGGAGUGAGGGACCAACAACUAGAUCAAGAAGUCCCUGAGAGUGACAUCAUUCUAAUCGCGGAGAAAUUUCCUCACCUGCUGAACGUGCACAAGGCUUUGAAUAUUAAUGAUCAACAACAUGUUUACGAGAAACUACAUGAAAGUGCCAGCCCUCACUGGUUCAAUCUGGGAUUGGCUCUAGGUAUAACUCAUCCUGUUCUCACCAAUAUCAAUAUCAAGUAUCGUGAAGAUAAUUGGUUGUGCUUUCGUGAAAUGUUGGCUGAGCUCCUGAGUACACAACAUGUAACAUGGAGUCUCCUGUCAGACGCUCUCAAAAAGCCCACUGUGGAUCUCAUCAAUUUGGCUGACAGCAUCACAGUGAAUCAAUCCACAACUCCUAACCUGCUGGAUCGACUCAACCUCACCCCAGCCGACCUCGGUGAUGUAACUGAUGUUACAAGUCGUUAUGGCAAUCAAGCUGGAGUGGCUCAUGCAUUGAGAAUGUGGCAAAGAGUGAAUCCUUCCAGAGCUACCUUCAGGGCCUUGGUGGAAAUUGCCAUAGGACUGAGAAGAGGAGACACUGCUACAGACAUUUGUAGAUUCAUUGUAGACAAUACGGACCGAAACUGAAACUGAUAAAUAAUGAACUGAUCUUUACUUUGAUGUUGUUUGUGUCUCUGUAAUUAUAAUGUGUGAGCUUUUUAUUGAUGCUGUUUUUUUCAUACAUUGUUGUGGUAGUCUGUGAAAA